AUGGCACUACACGAUAUCGAUGUUUCAGACAAGGUGCUCAUAUGUGGUGGAGGCAUCGGAGGGCUUGCUCUGGGAGUGGCACUCGCAAAGGUGGGCAUUCCAGCUGUGGUGCUCGAGCGGGGAGAGCAGCUGCGCUCGGCUGGUGCAGGCAUUAGACUGCAAACGAAUGCAUGGCACGCGCUUGAACAGCUAGGAGUGGCAGACACGCUGCGAAAGGAGCAUAUCAGGAUGGAGAGCCUGGAGGUGACGCGCGACAAUGGGCGUUACUUGGGGGGUGCAACAUACCGAGACGAUGAGGAGAAUCGGGGCGUGGUAAGAGAUGAGUUGAUUGUCGCAUUGGCAGCUGGCCUGCCAAAGGGCAGCUUUUACCUCAGUUCCAAUGUUCAGAGCGUGAGAAUCGACGAAAGAGGAAAUGGAGUGGCAGUCCUGAAAAGCGGGAAGGAGCUGCGACCUAAGAUGCUGGUUGGGGCUGAUGGUGUGAACAGCAGGGUGACUAAGGCUCUUGGUUUCUCAUCUGUCGCAUACUCGGGCCAGGCGGAGGCCAAGACCUUCAAUAAUGAGAAGGCGCUGCAGUACCUGCACUCCAACGCUGAGCACAUUGCCGAGCAAUUCAACAUGCCCCUCUGGCUUUCUCACAUCAACCCAGAGGACAUCUACGCCCAUCAGCUGAAGGACAGGGCACCAGACAAAGACAAGGCAUGGGGCAAGGGCACGGUCACCCUCAUUGGCGAUGCAGCGCACCCGACAACACCAUUCCUGGGCCAAGGUGGAGCCAUGGCUCUGGAGGACUCGGUCGAGUUGGCGGCAAUGCUGUAUUCGAUGACCAAGUCUGAGGGCGGGUGGGAGAAAGCGAGUCCACAGGCCAUCGCAGAGGCGCUGCGCGCAUUUGAGCUGAAGCGCGCGCCGCGGUGCCACGACAUGGUCCAGCUGGGGCGAAAAAACGGCGCCAUGAUAUGCAUGAAGCGCUCCCGGCUGGGGGUGUUGCUAAGGGACCUGUUCAUCAUGGUGGCUGCGCGGCUCACUCGGGUGUCAUUUUACACCGACUGGGAUGUGAAGUUGACGGCCUAG